AACCUCCGUAACGGUGAUUCCCAAGAACUUGUUUCUCGGUUACUAAUUAAUACAAGAGAAGAUAAUUUAAUAUUCACUCACAGUUCAAACCCGAACACCAAAGCAUGAAGGUCAUUGUAAAAACAUUUUGCACUUUUCGCAACAAGUUUACACGCCAGUGAUCUCGAAUUAUAUUAAUAUUAAAAAAUAAAUAAAUUAUGUCAGUUUAGUGGCAUCAAUAAGUGAGAUGUUAUCAUAUAUUUUGUUUAUUAGUGACCACAUACGUAUAAUUUCCAGUAUACCAUUAGUUCUGUAACUGAUUCUGUUGUGUCUGUUGUAAAGCACCGACAUUAUAAUAUGAUUAACUUCAAUGUGUUUUUUUUGUUUUUCAUCUUUCAAGUGGUUCAAAUUAGCGGCGAUUUAGGUGACAUUUGUGAAACAUCAUCUGGUGAAAAGGGUGAAUGCAUUUUUGUGCAUCGAUGUCAAAGUGCAAUAAAAUUUAUACAGCAAGGUGGUGCCCCAGAACUGUGUGGCUUUGAAGGUACCGAGGCUCUGACAUGCUGCGAACGCAAUCAGCUGGUAAUCAAAACACCAUCACAAGCAACUUCCUCAGGAAUCAGCCACCAAAGAGUCCGUCGUCAAAGCCGUCAUUAUCCCACUAUGAAUGGUCAACAAGUUGAAGUUUAUAGCUGCUCAUUAAAUCCGCGACCAGUAGCCCCAGGAACAUCGGCGAUUGUUUGUGAAGAGAAAAGACCAGGCCCUAAUAUGAAACCUAUCGUCCACCCUCAAAGACAUCCCCCUCAACGACACGACUCAUGCAGAUUACCUGACGGAAAUCGUGGAGAAUGCCGCGCACUUGCUCAAUGCCCAAAAGCUGCUUUGUUAUUCACACAAGGAGUUCAUCCAGUAGUUUGUGGACGUACUGGAACAGAAGUGUAUGUUUGCUGUGAAACUGAUACCAUUCCAUCCACCGAAGUUAAUCUUUUGGGUCGACCAUGUGUUUUUCCGAAUGGGGAAGUUGGAAAUUGUUUGUUACCUUCCAGUUGUUCUAGAGAGAAUCAAUGGUUCCCUUCUGUCUACUGUGGCACGAGCAAAUCAGAGAUGAUUUGCUGUAGAAAUACCCCAUACAUUGGGCCUCCUACACCACUCACAGAAAUAAACCCUUACACAGCUCCCGAAUUGUGUACUACAGCAACAACCGAAUCGCCUCCAUCGACAACUACCGAAAUAGUUUCACCCACUCUACAAACACCUUCAACCGUUAGAACCACAAGCACUUCCGCGACAACCCAACCGAGUUUUCCAUCUGUUGUACCAAGAGAAACAACUGACUCACCCAAUUCGUCUAAUUUACGCGAAAACGAUCCUUGUAAGUUGAGUACGGGAGAAAAUGGGGUGUGUCUCUAUACGUUUCAAUGUACUGCUGCUCUGGAGGUAAUCCUUGGGGGUAAAGUACCUGAUGUAUGUGGUCGUGACGGAACCGAAACGUUAAUCUGUUGCAAAAGUAAUCUUACGAAUCCAUUUGAAUUUGAAGAUCGUUUUGCGAAAAAUACCGUUAGUCAACAAAAAUGUAUUGAAUACAAUGAAGAAGUAGAAAGAUUCACAGAAUCGAAAAUAGUUAACAGACCCCCUCUUGUAAAUGGAUCUCCAGCAGCAGAGAAGGAAUUCCCGCAAAUGGGCAAUACCAAUUUUACCAAAUUUAAAUUUCACAAGUUUGUUAUUGGAGGAGUCAAAACUAUAGAAAAGGAAUUUCCUCACAUGGCUGCACUCGGUUUUGGGUCGAUAAAUGAUGUUCAAUGGCUUUGUGGGGGAUCUUUAAUAAGUCCAAAUUUUAUUUUGACCGCAGCACACUGCACGUUUACGCAAGAACUGGGUCAAGUGAAAUUCGCAAGAAUGGGACUUCUGAAUUUAAAGAUAAUAACGAACAACCUUCAAGAUUUUGUGAUCACUCAAGUAUUCACACAUCCAGAUUACCGUCCACCUGUUCAGUAUAACGACAUUGCCCUUUUAAAAUUGAAUAAAAACGCCGAUUUUACAGAAUAUGUUAAACCUGCGUGUUUGUAUACUUCACGUGAAGAACCCAAAUUAAAACCGUAUGCAACAGGAUGGGGAAAAACGCAGUUUAAUGGCGAAACGAGUGAUGCUUUGCAAAAAGUUGAUUUAAACUAUUUCUCAUACGAACAGUGUAGAAGUGCUUUUGCAUCGGUUAGUAAAAGAAAAUUACCAAACGGUAUUGUUGACGAAACUCAAGUUUGUGCUGGUGGAAUUAAUGAGUCAAAAGAUACGUGUCAGGGCGAUUCGGGUGGACCCCUUCAAAGCAAAAUAGAAUUUGGACUGAACAAGCCGUAUUACAUAAUCGGGGUGACAUCAUUUGGAAAAGCUUGUGGAAUUCCCAACACUCCCGCCGUAUACACAAGGGUAUCCUAUUAUGUGCCAUGGAUAGAGCAAAUAGUUUGGCCGGAGUAAUAAAAUGCAAAAUAAAAUGGGAGUAUUUCAAUAGUACCUAUUAUUUUUUAUUUAUAACACAAAUUAUACAGAUGUAUCAGUUAACUUACGACUUCAAAUAAAAAAUGAAAACAAAAAAAAAAAACAAAUGUA